CUGGCCCGGCCCUCCUCGUGGCCCGCGCCCCCGGCCUCCGAGCAGCCCGAGCUGCCGCGGCCCUCCUCCUCGCCCUCCGAGUCCGAGUCCUCGCCGUGGAUGAGGCGCACCAGCCCGAAGUGCACCGAGCCGCGGUGCUAGGGAACCAUUUCUGAAGCUGAGGAACCCCAGGGAGGUGCCUGCCACCAGAAUGCCCAUGCUGAGCACGCAUCCCCUGAAGCCUGACAUCAUGCACCUGCCACCCGGAACCUCAGAGUCUCCAGGCUGCCAGCGGCGCCACACACUCCCCGCCAGCGAGUUUCGCUGCCUCACCCCUGAGGAUGCAAUCAGUGUAUUCCUCAUCGAGCGUGAAGCGUUCAUCUCUGUCUCGGGCACCUGUCCCCUCUACUUGCAUGAGAUUCAGCACUUCCUGACCCUGUGUCCAGAGCUGUCUUUGGGCUGGUUCGAGGAGGGGUGUCUGGUAGCCUUCAUCAUCGGCUCCCUUUGGGACAAGGAGAGACUCACUCAGGAGUCACUGACUCUGCACAGGCCUGGAGGCCACACAGCCCACCUGCACGUACUCGCGGUGCACCACAUCUUCCGGCAGCAGGGCAAGGGCUCCGUCCUGCUGUGGCGAUACCUGCACCAUCUGGGCAGCCAGCCGGCUGUGCGUCGGGCUGUGCUCAUGUGUGAGGAAGCACUGGUACCCUUCUAUGAGAAAUUCGGCUUCCAGGCUCUGGGCCCAUGCGCAGUCACUGUGGGCUCCCUCACCUUCACUGAGCUACAGUGCUCUCUGCGGGGCCAUGCCUUCCUGCGCAGGAACAGUGGCUGCUGACCAGAGCUGCUGCCUGGCCCAGUGGAGGGCGGGUAGAGGCAGGAUGCAGGUUCCUGUCCAGCAGGCACCCCUCACCCCGCAUUUAAGCAGAGCUGAUUAGCAUGAAGAGAGACAGCACUUCCCAGUUGGAGUGGUGGGCAGAGCCAGUAAAGGGGAGAGGAUGGCUUCAUCUGUCCUUAGGUCCUCUUACAUUCCAAACUGCUAGGAUGGAGAAAGGGGAACAGUGGGGGUGAGGGGUGGUGGACAGGAGCAGUGGGAGGUUUCUGUUACUACUGUAUUCCCUUCUCUUUCUGGUCUGUUUCUGUGCACCAGUGCAGUACCCUGAUCCUUGGGGUCCUUCCCCUCCCCCAACCCUGGGAAUGGGGGACAGCCAAAAACUCAAUGGGGAGGGGCCUGGGCCUGAGCAGUGGAGGCAGCCUUGGGCCAUUCUCUGUUGCCCUUGAGCACCCCAUGGCUGUGCCCACCCACCUGCCUCUCCAGGCUCCCCCUCUGUCCUGGACCUCUGCCCACUAAUAAAGCA